GGCGUUUGAGGUGGUGGACCUGCGCUGGGGGAUUGGAAAGGUGACGUCGGGGGAGCACGACACCUGUGAGCUUUCCCUGCGAGAGAUCUCCAUCAGCAAGAAGAUGUCUGCCGGUCCCGCCUUUGUGGCUCUGCUGGGGAACCGCUACGGCCACCGACCACUUCCUGCUGGGAUCCCGCACAAACAGUUUGAGCUGCUUGUGUCCAAACUGGCUAACAAACCCGAUGCCGUUAGUCUUCUGACUAACUGGUACAUGAGGGACGACAACGCGGUCCCGCCCACCUACUUCCUGCAGCCAGUCACGACUCACUUCCUCCACUACAGCGACCUCCGGCCUGAGCGUGCAACGCAGUCUGACGAGGAGGGGGCUUCUUGGCGUGUAAUUGAGGCGAGCUUGUUGCGGCACCUGCGCUUCGCUGCUGGCGAGGCCGAGGCUGCCGGCGACAUCACGGCGAAGGAGCGAAGCGUCUUCUUCACAUCGGUCACAGAGCAAGAGUUGGAGCACGGGUUCGAGAAGGACGGCGACGGCACCUCAGCACUGCUCUUUAUUCGUGAGAUCCCUCGCUUGGCGAGGGGCGGGCCGAGACGUCUUGCCAGGUUCAUGGACGCCACGGGCGAUGGGCUGUUGGAUGCGGAAGCACAGGGCCUCCUCGCCGGCCUCAAGUCCCGCCUCUACGCCUCGUGCAAGGACAUGGUGAACGUGCACUGGGUGGAGCUCAGCAGGGGGGCCAUCGAGCCCAGACGCAAGGAGCACGCUCAGUACCUGGACGCCAUGAGCGAGCAGUUUGUGUGUCAGAUGAAGGCCAGGGUCAUGGCGGCACUACAAGUUCUGAAGGAGGGCGGGCCCAGGAAAGUUUGGGGAAGCACGGAAGACACCAAACACGGGCGGCUGGCGGAAGAGGUCAGCCGCCAUCUUGCCUUGAGCGGCCAGAUGUGCCGCGGCCUCCAUGGUAGGGAGGGGCUUCUGGCCAAGCUGUGCCUCGCCAUGUGGGAGGCCACCAACGUCCGUCACGGGCCGCUGGUGGUGCACGGUGCCGCCGGUAUGGGCAAGACGGCGCUCUUAUGUAAGCUGGUGCAGGAGAUGCGCACCGUGCUGGAGGCGCGGGCCACGGUGGUGGUCAGGUUGCUCGGUGCUCGCCAUCUCCAGAGAGAAGACGUCGACCGUCUCCUCCUCAGCGUCUGCCUCCAGAUCUGUCUGGCCUGUGGUUUGGCCCCGCCCACCUCGCUGAGCACGCACCAGGGAACGGUCAGCUUCUUUCAGGAACUUUUGCUCUCGGUUUCCCAACAGGGCGACGUGCUGCUCGUGGUCUUGGAUGGUGUGGACCGAUUGUGCGAGCGCCAUCGCGCUCUCUGCUGGCUGCCCCAAGAGCUGCCGCCCAACGUCCACCUUGUCGUCUCCAUGGACACCAACAGCGAGGCCUUCGCCGCCGCGCGCCUCAAGCUGAAGUCUGUGGAACAUUUCUUCCAAGUGGAACGUCUGACGCGCGAAGACGGCCGACGCAUCAUGGAGUCGCAGCUCAGCGCGUGCCAGCGAACUUUGACCCCCGAGCAGGCCGGCGCCGCACUGCAGUGUUUCGACUCGACGGGGUGUCCCGUCCACCUCCGACUUAUCGUGUCUGCCGCUAAACGCUGGAUGUCCUCCACCCCGCUGACGCGGCUUUGCUUGGGCGCCAACGCACAGGAAAUGAUGUCUGAGCUUUUCCUCAUGCUGGAAGAGAAACACGGCAGGGAGAUGGUGGGCGGGGCUUUGGGCUACAUCGCACUGGCCAGGGAAGGCCUGCUGGAGGCGGAGCUACGUGACAUCAUGUCGCUGGACAAUGAUAUCAUCAGCGAGGUGUACAAGUUUUCCCUCCCCCAGACGCCCGCCCUGAUUCGGUUGCCCCCCCUGCUGUGGUCCCGCCUCCAAAGGGACCUGGAGGACCACCUGGAAGAGCGAUGGACGUGUGGCGUUGCCGCCAUCGCCUUCAGGGAGCGGUGUCUGUUGGAGGCGGUCUCAGCACGCUAUCUGACCACGGAGCGCAGGGGGCGGAGCUUGACCAUCAUGGCAGAGUACUUUCAGGGCGUGUGGUGUGGGAAACUGAAGCCGGUGGCUCUCCCGGGCCUGACGCUGCUGGUCGCUGACAGAAAGGUCCCGCCCCAGCCGCUGUGGUUUGCUCCAGAUUUAGCCAACGUCAGGAAGCUUCAGGAGUUGCCGUAUCACCUGCUGCACGCCGGCCUGUGGGAGGAGCUACGUCGGGACGUCCUCGGCAGCGCUGAGUGGCUUUUCUGUAAGAGCGCCGUAAUGGGCGUGUCCAGUGUGAUCCAGGACUUGGACCAGUGCUCCCUCUACAUGGACUGCACGGAGACCCGCCUCCUGCGGGACGCUCUGGUCCUCAUGGAGCCUGGUCUGGACUUCCUGGAUGGGGCGUCGCACUUGUACACGGAGCUGCUGGCGCGACUGCGACACUUAGCCACGCCCUUCCCUUCACUGAUUGGCCGACUGUGCAGCCAGUGUGAGGAGUUCUUGCUGACGUGUUCCCAGCCCGUCCUCAUCCCCAAGUGCAGCUUCCUGCCGCCGCCUGGGGGGGCGCUGCAGCACACGCUGACGGGCCUGAGAGGAGGUGUGGUCUGCGUGGACGUCAGCGUGGAGGCGCAGCUUCUAGUCGCCGGUUCAGACGAAGGCGUGGUGGCGGUCUGGAGCCUCGCUGACGGACAUCUUGAACGCACGCUGAGCGCUCACACGGCCGCCAUCUUGUCACUUAAGCUGAUCCAAAGCCCCGCCCACUGCCUCUCAUUGGGUGCUGAUGGCUCUUUGAAGAGGUGGAGCCUGACAAGCGGCCAACAAUUGCUGUGCGUUCAAGAGGCGUGGCCUGUUGACCACACCCCCUCACCGGUCCGCUUGCACCUGUGUGGUCAGCUGAUCUUCGCCUACAACAGGACGCAGGUGUCCAUGUUGACGUCAGACGGCGUGCCCACGCUCCUGCUCGCCGGCCAUGACGGCUCGCUGUGUCUGGGAAUUCUGGAGGAUUCCGUGAUGGUUCUGUCCGACUCGGGCCAGGUGAGAAUAUUGGGGCCUGGAGGCGGAGCUUCAGGUGUGGCCAUCCAGCUGGAAGACUGGGGGCGGACUUUGACGGCCAUCAACAGCGUCACACUCCCCAAGCGUGCAAAAGUCUUCCUGGUUUCCUCUGAAGGCUUUCUCUACCAGGUGUCGGGAAAGCACUCGCGUGUCCACUUUCCUGUGCGGCCAUCUUUGUUUUCUGUCACUGCUGAUGAGAAAAUCCUCUUAGCGGGAAGUGAUGUCACUUUGAGCCUCUUCAACAUCCACAUUGACUCCAUCCAUAGUUUUCUCCAACUCAAACAUGACGCCGGCGUCCUGUGUGCUUGCGUCUCGCCUGACACGCGACUCAUCGCCACCGGCGCCAUCGACCAGCUCAUACGAGUGUGGUCGGUGACCACCGGAGCCUUGCUGGACGUUUUUUGCGGUUCCGACGCUCCAAUCACGCGUGUCCUUUUCUACGAGCGCUUCCUUGUGUCCACGUGUGCAGCUGCCUCCUGUCUGCACGUGUGGGCUGUCAAUCACCACAAGCCUCCCGCCCACAUCCCCGCAGGCUCCGCCCACGCGGCCGUCACUAAGGACGCAGAGCAGGUUUUUUACGUGAGUGGCCAUGAACCCUCGCAGGUGGUGAGCUGGAACAACAACACAGGCAAAGCGUCGGGCCACCUGGCGCUGUCGGCGGCGGCGAGCUGCCUGGCGUUGGCGCAGCACAAGCGCCUCCUGCUGGUGGGCCUGAGCAGCGGCGCCGUGCUCAUUUAUCCUUUGGACCUCCCCGACGAGACGCUGGCCAUUCCGCCUCCAGAGAGCCUGCUUGGCGUGCUGCAGGUGGCGGUGAGCGUGCAGGAGACGCGUGCCGUGGUGGCGUACGAGGACUCGCUGUGCGUCUUCCAGAUCACCACCAGGGAGCGCUACCCCUCCGUGGAGGGCCCGCUGGAGCGCGUGCAGCUGUCGGCGCAGGACGGCCCGCUCAGCGCCGUGGCGCUGCUGUCGGACCGCCGCCUGCUCUACGGGACGGAGUGUGGCCGCGUGACGCUCUACGACGGCGCCCAGGGCAGCGCCACCACUUUGGAGCGACACCGCAGCAACAUCACCUGUUUGACGGCCAGCAACUGGGGCACGCACUUCCUGGUGGGCUCCCAGGACGCCGUGCAGCAACUGUGGACCCUCAAGCCGCUCGCUGUCAACCACGUCAUGGAGUACAAGGGUGUGUUUUCGGAGGGCGUGGCGUGCGCCGCCUUCUCAGAGAGCGACCAGGUGGUCUUCACGGGCUCACGGGACAGAACCAUCAAGGUUUGGGACGUGACCUCAGGGAACCUCCUGCUGGUCCAGUCCGUGGAGUCCGCCGUGGUCGCCAUGGUGACGUCCCGGAACGGCUUUGUGGCGCUGGCGCAGCGCGGCGUCGUCAUCCAGGAAGUGUUCCACUGUCCCCAGUGCGUGGCGCCCGAUUACAACCCGCUGAGGUACCGCGUCACCUCCACCCACCAGGGUGGCGCCGGGCAGCAGGGAGGCGUGUCCCACCAGCAGGACUUUAACCCCGCCCAUUUCACCCUCGACUGCAAAGCUCCGCCCUCACCCACCUGUGUCCUCCUCUGAAGUGCUGAGGGGCGGAGUCAGGGCACUGUUGGUGUUAGCAUGCUAGCAUGUUUGGCGUUUAAAGAUUUGUUUACAUUUUUUACCUCAUUUCUUUUUCUUUUUCUUUCAAUUUUUCGUGACCAACAAACGUAUAUCCACAAUGUACAUAACAGUCAAGGAACAACAAACAUAUAUCCACAAUGUACAUAACAGUCAAGGAACAACAAACAUAUAUCCACAAUGUACAUAACAGUCAAGGAACAACAAACGUAUAUCCACAAUGUACAUAACAGUCAAGGAACAACAAACAUAUAUCCACAAUGUACAUAACAGUCAAGGAACAACAAACGUAUAUCCACAAUGUACAUAACAGUCAAGGAACAACAAACAUAUAUCCACAAUGUACAUAACAGUCAAGGAACAACAAACAUAUAUCCACAAUGUACAUAACAGUCAAGGAACAACAAACAUAUAUCCACAAUGUACAUAACAGUCAAGGAACAACAAACAUAUAUCCACAAUGUACAUAACAGUCAAGGAACAACAAACAUAUAUCCACAAUGUACAUAACAGUCAAGGAACAACAAACAUAUAUCCACAAUGUACAUAACAGUCAAGGAAGACACUUCCUGUUGGGGAACAGAGCGUGUGAACUUAAACAGGAAGCAAACCCUCACUUCCUGAAGAUGACUCCGCCUCUAGGCACUUUAGCAAAAUGGCAUGUUUUGAUCUUUUAUCAGACGACACACGAAUAAGUGAUUAUUGAUUAUGGAUCAAUGCUAUUUUAUUAGACGACACAUGAAAAAGUGAUUAUUGAUUAUGGAUUAAUGCUAUUUUAUUAGACGACACAUGAAUAAGUGAUUAUUGAUUAUAGAUCAAUGCUAUUUUAUUAGACGACACAUGAAAAAGUGAUUAUUGAUUAUGGAUUAAUGCUAUUUUAUUAGACGACACAUGAAUAAGUGAUUAUUGAUUAUGGAUCAAUGCUAUUUUAUUAGACGACACAUGAAUAAGUGAUUAUUGAUUAUGGAUCAAUGCUAUUUUAUUAGACGACACAUGAAAAAGUGAUUAUUGAUUAUGGAUUAAUGCUAUUUUAUUAGACGACACAUGAAUAAGUGAUUAUUGAUUAUGGAUCAAUGCUAUUUUAUUAGACGACACAUGAAAAAGUGAUUAUUGAUUAUGGAUCAAUGCUAUUUUAUUAGACGACACAUGAAAAAGUGAUUAUUGAUUAUGGAUUAAUGCUAUUUUAUUAGACGACACAUGAAUAAGUGAUUAUUGAUUAUGGAUUAAUGCUAUUUUAUUAGACACAUGAAUAAGUGAUUAUUGAUUAUGGAUCAAUGCUAUUUUAUUAGACGACACAUGAAAAAGUGAUUAUUGAUUAUGGGUCAAUGCUAUUUUAUUAGACGACACAUGAAAAAGUGAUUAUUGAUUAUGGAUCAAUGCUAUUUUAUUAGACGUCACAUGAAUAAGUGAUUAUUGAUUAUGGGUCAAUGCUAUUUUAUUAGACGACACAUGAAUAAGUGAUUAUUGAUUAUGGAUCAAUGCUAUUUUAUUAGACGACACAUGAAAAAGUGAUUAUUGAUUAUGGAUCAAUGCUAUUUUAUUAGACGACACGUGAAAAAGUGAUUAUUGAUUAUGGAUCAAUGCUAUUUUAUUAGACGACACAUGAAAAAGUGAUUAUUGAUUAUGGAUCGAUGCUAUUUUAUUAGACGACACAUGAAAAAGUGAUUAUUGAUUAUGGAUCAAUGCUAUUUUAUUAGACGACACAUGAAAAAGUGAUUAUUGAUUAUGGAUCAAUGCUAUUGGCUAACUAAACAUUUCAAACAAUAUUCAAGAAGUUUGAGCUUAGUGAUUACGUUAAAGCUUCCUUUUGUGUGUUUUGUGCCUCGGGGAGAGUUGGAGGAGCGUCAUGUGAUCUUGUCAUGUCUUCCCAGAGAGACUUUACAUAACUAGCACGGAAUAUUCCAGAACACGCUUGCAGCGCGCUAAAAAUAAACAUCUUUUAAAAAGCAGCCUGUUAGCUUAGCCUUAGUGUGACCAAAACAUGACUUUGCAUAAGAUGCUAGCAUUAGCCACAGUGUUGUUAGCAUACUAAGCAUUAGCCACAUUGUUGUGUUAGCAUACUAGCAUUAGUGUUGUGUUAGCAUACCAGCAUUAGCCACAUUAGUGACUAAGCUAACCAACAGCAUCGUGUUAGGAUACUAGCAUUUGCCACAUUAGUGAAAAUGCUAAGUAAUAUAUCAUGGUGUUAGCAUAUUUACUUUAAUGCUAGUAUACUCUAGCAUGGUGUUAGCACACUAGCAUUGGUAAACAUGCUAUGUUAGCAUUAUGUUGUCACCAAUGUGUUAGCAUACUAGCAUUGGUAAACAUGCUAUGUUAGCAUCAUGUUGUCACCAAUGUGUUAGCAUACUAGCAUUGGUAAACAUGCUAUGUUAGCAUCAUGUGUUAGCAUACUGCUUUAUUGGACUAAUGAUCAGCAUGGAAGAAUUAUGAAAGGAGAGCAAAAUGUCUUGUUGCAUUUAUUUCUCCAAAAGAAGGUUUGUGGCAAAAGUCUUUGGUCAGUGAGUUUGUCCCAGAAGCUUCUGGUGUUCACCUGAGGCCGGCCGCCAGUUUCUCUGGUGUUCACCUGAGGUCGGCCGCCAGUUUCUCUGGUGUUCACCUGAGGCCGGCCGCCAGUUUCUCUGGUGUUCACCUGAGGCCGGCCGCCAGUUUCUCUGGUGUUCACCUGAGGCCGGCCGCCAGUUUCUCUGGUGUUCACCUGAGGCCGGCCGCCAGUUUCUCUGGUGUUCACCUGAGGCCGGCCGCCAGUUUCUCCAUGGCCGCCUUGCGCUCCUCCGCCUUCUGCUGCGAGCGCUGCAGGACGUUGCGCAGCUCCUGGAGGUGGUCCAGGGUCCCCACCAGCUCCCCCUUCACCGUCUUCAUCUGGCUCUCCAGCAUCUGAGUCUGGUGCAGAGAGUUCCUCCUGUGACGCCGGCUGGAGCGCACCUUCUCCUCCAGGUCCUCCACUGCACACACACAACACUGGUGACCUCCACCCAGGCACGUUGGGCUGAGACCUGGUGAAAAAUCACUCACCCAGGUUCUCUUGGACCUUCUCCGACCCGGACUCUGUCCUUUUGUCCAUCAGGUCUUUGGUCUGCUGCAUCAACUUCUCCAUCUUGGCCAGUUGUGCCGCCUUGGAGUCGCUGUCCCGGCGGAUCUUCAGCCGUUCUCGCUCUCUGGGACUCGGUUCACCGUCGUACUUGUCCAUGUCUGCCGAUCAGAGCCAAGGACUCUGUGGAUUCUGCCAGACUGUGGACUUGUGUCAUCUUUGUGUUCUUAUACGCCCCUCCUCCUCAUAUCCCGAGGUCUUUAGAACAGUCCCUGCUCAGUCCCUGCUCAUCAUGAGAUCUGCUCUCCUAGGCCUCCAGCACAUGUUCUUCCCUUUCUGGGAUCUUUGGUCCACACAAAGUCUUCUGUAAACCUUGCUCAGGAACUUUCCUGACCUCAAACUUUUAUCUUCUCAUCCACCAGAUUUGAUGUACCACUUUUACAACAAUACAUCUGCAGUUGCUUAGCUACAAUGCAUGCUAACGCUAGCCACAUGCUAGAAAAUAUUAGCCACAAUAGUGAACUUGCUGACAAACAUUAACCAUGUAAGAAAACAUGCUAACAUUAGACACAAUAGUGAACAUGCUAACAUUAGCCACAAUAGUGAACUUGCUGACAAACAUUAACCAUGUAAGAAAACAUGCUAACAUUAGACACAAUAGUGAACAUGCUAACAUUAGCCACAAUAGUGAACUUGCUGACAAACAUUAACCAUGUAAGAAAACAUGCUAACAUUAUCCACAAUAGUGAACAUGCUAACAUUAGCCACAAUAGUGAACUUGCUGACAAACAUUAACCAUGUAAGAAAACAUGCUAACAUUAUCCACAAUAGUGAACAUGCUAACAUUAGCCACAAUAGUGAACUUGCUGACAAACAUUAACCAUGUAAGAAAACAUGCUAACAUUAGACACAAUAGUGAACAUGUUACCAUUAGCCACAAUAGUGAACUUGCUAGCGUGCAUUAGCCAUGCUAAGGAGCAUUAGCUACAGGGCUAUCCUAGCAUUUUGAAAAAAUUGGAGGAUGAGACACUAAUAUUUUUAAUGUUGUAAAAAAAAGCUUUUGUUGUGUAUUCAUGCUAUUUGACCUUUCAAUGUUGCUGUAGUUUGUAAGUGCCUACUGGCAUACCUAUUGCUAGGUUUGUAAGUGCCUACUGGCAUACCUAUUGCUAGGUUUGUAAGUGCCUACUGGCAUACCUAUUGCUAGGUUUGUAAGUGCCUACUGGCAUACCUAUUGCUAGGUUCAGCAUGCAGUUACCCCGGGUGUAGUUUGUAAGUGCCUACUGGCAUACCUAUUGCUAGGUUCAGCAUGCAGUUACCCCGGGUGUAGUUUGUAAGUGCCUACUGGCAUACCUAUUGCUAGGUUCAGCAUGCAGUUACCCCGGGUGUAGUUUGUAAGUGCCUACUGGCAUACCUAUUGCUAGGUUCAGCAUGCAGUUACCCCGGAUGUAGUUUGUAAGUGCCUACUGGCAUACCUAUUGCUAGGUUCAGCAUGCAGUUACCCCGGGUGUAGUUUGUAAGUGCCUACUGGCAUACCUAUUGCUAGGUUCAGCAUGCAGUUACCCCGGAUGUAGUUUGUAAGUGCCUACUGGCAUACCUAUUGCUAGGUUCAGCAUGCAGGUGGACGCUGUAAUGCUGCUCUCCCAAGGUGCGCUACAGAAAGUGUUUAAACGUGUGCAUCGCCUCGUUAUUCAGGUCUAAGUACACCACAUAAUUGGUGACAAGUAAAUGGGUUUAGAUGAAUGAAAAUGGCGUACUUUUCCCAAAGACCGGACGAGUUUAAGCCAGAACAAGAACAAUGGUCAGCGCAUGGAGUUGCUGUUUGAAGCACACGAUGUGGAUGACGACAAAAAGGUCCCCAUUUUGUUAAGUUCAGUCGCUGCAACCACGUAUGGACUUGUACACAAUCUGCUUCAAGCAGGCAAGUUGUUAAGUUCAGUCGCUGCCACCACGUAUGGACUUGUACACAAUCUGCUUCAAGCAGGCAAGUUGUUAAGUUCAGUCGCUGCCACCACGUAUGGACUUGUACACAAUCUGCUUCAAGCAGGCAAGUCAAAGGACAAAACUUUUGAUGAAGUUGUGACCAUUCUGACAAACCACAAGAAGUUACUUUUUGGUUGGCCAACGGUUUACGUUGUAUUGCGCACCCUGACGGCAAGUGUGGGAGUGGGUUCUGAAGUAUGAAGUAAAGAGACGUAACUUCAUCACCUCGCCUGGUUAUUGACUCCAUCCCAGAAUAUUACAC